AUGCGCUGGUCUUCCGCUCUUUUUUCCGCCCUGCUCGUCGCUGGCGCGAGCGCGGUACCCCAUCACUCUUCCCACCACAAGAAACCUACUCCGUCGUCUUCUAUAGCGGUCUCUUCUUCUUCUGCUGUUGUCGCCGCCGCCGCUGCCACCGUAUCUGAUCCUCCCUACUGGCUGGCCGAUGUCGCUCAUCAGGGAGUCGCUCCUUAUGCCACUAGCGGCUACACUGUUUUCCGCAACGUCAAGGACUAUGGUGCAACCGGAGAUGGCACUACCGACGAUACCGCAGCAAUUCAGGCUGCCAUCAGCGACGGUGAUCGCCAGAGCCCGUCAAGUGAAGAAACAAGCACCAAAACACCGGCCAUUGUCUAUUUCCCUGCAGGCACAUACGUGAUCUCAUCGCCUAUCAUUGACUACUACUGGACUCAACUUAUUGGAAACCCUAACAGCCCAGCCAUCCUCCAGGCUACUUCCAACUUCACCGGAAUUGGUCUAAUUGACGGUGAUGCCUACCAAAAUGACGGUAACACAGGCUGGACUUCAACAAACGUCUUCUAUCGUCAAAUCCGCAACCUCGUUAUUGACAUGACCAACAUUCCAGGCACCACUGCCGCUACUGGUAUUCAUUGGCCUACAGCCCAGGCAACCAGCAUCCAGAACGUGGUCAUCCACUUGAGCACUGAAUCUGGCACGCAGCACCAGGGCCUUUUCAUUGAAAAUGGAUCUGCUGGAUUCAUCGGUGAUGUUAUUGUCAAUGGUGGUCUGUAUGGUCUCAACGUUGGCAACCAACAGUACACUUUCCGCAACGUUACAGUAAAUAACGCUGUAAACGGUGUCAGCCAAAUCUGGGAUUGGGGCUGGACCUACAUCGGCCUUACCCUUAACAACUGUACUAAUGGCCUCGUAUUCGGAGGCAGCGAAACCGAUGCAGAGGUCGGAGGAGUCACUAUCCUUGACAGUACCAUUACCGAUGUGGAUACCUUUGUCAACGUCACUUGGAGUACCACUGCCACUCCUGCCGGUGCAAACGGCUUGAUCCUGGAAAACAUUGUUUUGGAUGCCGUCCCCACUGCUGUUGUCGGACCUGACGGCGUGGAGCUAAAGGGCGGUUCUACUACCAUUGCAGGCUGGGGCUUGGGCCACGAGUACACUCCUACCGGGCCAAGUACUCUAUCCGGAACCUAUUCUCCUGUUAGCAGACCAACAGGCCUUGCUGCUUCUGGCAGCACCAACUACUACACCAAACCCAAGCCCCAGUAUGAGUCUUACACUACCAGUGAAGUGGUCAGUGUUCGUAAUGCCGGUGCUGCAGGUGACGGAACCACCGAUGACACAGAUGCUAUCAAUGAUGCUCUCACCAAAGCUGCUAACAAUGGUUCGAUUUUGUUCUUCGACUAUGGUAUUUACCUGGUUUCUGACACUAUUUAUGUCCCUCCCGGCUCCAAGGUCGUUGGAGCAAGUUAUCCAGUCAUUGCCGCCAGUGGUGAUGCUUUCUCUGAUAUCAGCAACCCUUAUCCAGUGGUUCAAGUUGGCAAGAGCGGUGACAAAGGCACUGUCGAAUGGUCUGACAUGCGUGUCGGCACCAUCGGUGGCACUGCCGGUGCAAUUCUCAUUGAAUGGAACCUGAAAGGUGACCAGGGUUCAGGCAUGUGGGACGUCCAUACCAUGACUGGUGGAUGGGAAGGCUCUGACCUCCAGGUUGCGGAUUGCCCAACUACUGCUUCUGUGUCGUCCUCCUGUGAGGCUGGUUUCCUGGAUGUUUACAUCACCUCAGAUGCCGAAAAUGUCUAUUUGGAGAACAACUGGUUCUGGACCGCCGAUCAUGACAUUGACAGCGCGGAUAACACGCAGCUGUCUAUUUACACUGGUCGUGGUGUGCUCGUUGAGGGUAGCAAUGUCGAGAUGUGGGGUGUUUCAUCUGAGCAUCAUGGACUUUAUCAAUUCCAAUUCGAUGGUGCCACCGAUGUGGUCGGUGGCUUCUUCCAGACUGAGACGCCCUACUACCAGCCUAGCCCCGAUGCCACAUCGGGCCCUUACACGUCCAACACGACCUGGAACGACCCUGACUUCAGCACUUGCCUCAAAGGCAACUGCGAUGCCCUUGGUCUGAGCAUUACUGGCGGUAGCUCUAGCAUUGCCAUGUACGGAGUCGGCCUUUACAGUUUCUUUGACAACUACAGCACCAAUUGCUCCGACAGUGGCGGAUCCGAAGACUGCCAGAGCGAGAUCUUCCGCAUCACUGACGACGUUUCCGACUUGAACAUCUACGGCUACAACACCGUUGGUACCACAAACAUGAUUACCAUCAAUGGCAGCAGCGACGCACUCUACUCAGACAAUGUCAGCGUUUUCCCUGAUACCAUUGUCUUGUUUUCCUACGAAUAA